UCUACCUCCCCCUCCUCCUCCUCCCUCUUCUCCUCAUUAAAGCAGAUUGUUGCUGUCGGAGGAUUAUAUACACUCUGCUGUGUUUUCCUCUCCACUGUAGAUCGUCUUCCUCCGGCUCCUCUGUUAUUUGGGGACCUGAUUGAGGACAAUGGGCCUGCUGGACAUCCUCUCGUCCAUCAGAGACCGAGCCGACAAGUUUCUGAACGAGAAGAACCUGGUGACAGAUUUUCUGGGGAAGGUGGAGGAGAAAACAGGGAUAAGGAAGAAGAUCCUUGCAUUGGGUGCCGUCUCACUGACAGGACUCUACCUGGUGUAUGGAUAUGGUGCCUCCCUCCUCUGCAACCUGAUUGGUUUUGCCUAUCCAGCAUAUUAUUCGAUCAAAGCCAUCGAAAGUCCAAGCAAAGAAGACGACACAAAAUGGCUGACGUACUGGGUGGUGUAUGGUGUCUUCAGCCUGGGCGAGUUCUUCUCCGAUAUUUUCCUCUACUGGUUCCCGUUUUACUACGCUUUUAAGUGUCUCUUCCUGUUGUGGUGCAUGGCUCCAAUGUCGUGGAACGGCUCCCAGAUCAUCUACAACAAAGUGGUUCGGCCCGUUUUCCUACGCCACGAGGCUACGGUGGACAACAUGGUGAGCGACCUCGGCGGGAGGGCCAUGAACGCCGCGGAGAACUUCACCAGAGAAGUCCUUUGCCACCUGAUGAAGAAUAAAUCUCUGGUGAUUCCGAGGUCGUCGGCUGCUCAGCCUGAACCCAAAAGUUUACCAAGUUCAUCGACAGCUAAAGUAGCUCCAACAGAGUCGAGUGAAGAACGACCACUGUUCCUGGGUUAACCAGUGUGGAUGGGCUCAGUGUAGACUGAAGUCCUUCAGAUAGCAGCAAGAGGAAGAGGAGGAGCCUCAGUGAGGAUGAGGAGCAGAGAGCGAUGAUUUUCCUCUUAAUCCUCACAGAUCCCAACAAGAAGAAUAUCACCUGUCAAGAGACUGAUUUCCUUUUUUAUAUCAAAUAUGUUUUAUUUAUAUAAGUCUGCAACGUCAAAAACUCAGACCGACUCUGCAGACAGACUGAUUUUACAAACACAGUUUAUUAUUGUUUUCGUUUGAUUUAUUUUUACUUACUGAAUUUGGGGGUCAGUGGGAUGUCUUUUUUUUUGGGGAUGCGAAGCACCUAAAACUAACUCAAAAACUCACUAGCUCCCAUUUAUCAGGCUGCAGAUUCUCCACCAGGUAGAGCAGUUCUACACCUGUAAAGUAACAGUAACAGCCGUUUAGACCCACAGGUGUGUACACACGUCAACGUUCCCUCUACAGGCAAAGAAAGGAACAGCUGCAGUGUUACAGCUGCCCUUUCUUUCUUUGUAUAGUUGCUGUUUUUAGUGUUUUAUACUUAACACCUGUUGAAACUGCAGCUGCAACAUCCUGCCUACAGGUUGUGGAAGUAAGUUUCCUUUUACGGGGAACCUGGCAGUUCAACAUUUGAAGGCAGCUCUGCAACUGGACAUUUUCUUCUGGACCGGUCUUUGGGUGCUUCGCAUCAGGGACACCGUCUGUCCUCAUUUUGUUUUCAUUAGUGUUGCUAUUAUUUAUGAGACAUAUUUUUUUUGCUUUCUUUAUAAAUAUAAAUGAGAUUCUGACCUUGAUAUGACAAUU